AGCUAUAGGAACAAAACAGAACCAGAAGAUGAUGAUGUCAUAAGACAUAUUACUAGGCUAAGAGAAAAGCUUGGUUGGCAAACUGCCUUAUCACCAAAAGACUUUAAAUAUGAUAAUCCCCAAAUUGCAGUUCAGAAGAUUAUCCUAAAGGAGCCUUUAAAAGAUGAUGGGGAAUUUGUAUAUUGCAUUCCUCGGUAUAAUCCUAACGGCCUUUCCAAUCCAUAUGAUCCUCAAGUAGUCUCUACCCAUAGAGCUAAAAAAUGCAAAGAAUUUUGGAUUAUUACCGCUUCAUUUGUCUCAAAGGUUAUUAAAAUAAGUGACAGUACAGAAGACGUGGAGCUCACACCUGUUUUGGAAUGGCUAUCAGAAAGACAUUUUUACUAUUUAUUACAGCAAUUUAAGAUAUUUUCCAAAUUUCGAAUGAAUAAAGCUUUUGUUAUCUGGAAGUUGAAUGUUAAAAGAAUUAAGAUAGAGAAGAGCAAGACAUUUUUGUACCACAAUCUUUUUUGGGCUGAUGAGAUAUUUCAAAUCUGUUUGCUUUAUGUAAAAGGACUUUGUGAAGAUGCAAUUAAUCUCAAAAAUGAUAAUGAACACAAAGAUAAUACAUCUGCUAUAUGGCUUGUAAAGCUGGAUACUUCUCGAACAUAUUCUCUAGAUGAAUUUUGUGAAGAACAGUUUCAGCAAACUACUCAGGCACUGAAACAACUUGAAGAUAUUAGGGAUAAAGCAAUUUCAAAAGUGAAAMGUACAAUCUUAAAGGUUGCAGAAAAGAAAGAAAUUAAAGAAUAUUUUGAAUCAAAGUCAUUUGAAGGUGAAACAACACAUUUCAAGCUGUGUGCAUAUCGGCAUUUAUUGGAAACAGGUUACAGGUUUAUGAUGCUGAUUGACUGCAUACUUCAGGAACUCAUCCGUCAACUUAUGAAUAUUGCAGUCACACUACUUUUGGAAGAAUUUAAUGGUUCUGCUAGAAUGCCACUUUCAGCAGAAAAGAAGAAUGAAAAUCUCAUUGGAACAUUCAAGGACAACUUUUUUCCUGUUGGAAAGAUAACAAAUGAUUGCGAUGAACUGGUUAAUUCAAACUCGGAUAGUUUUUCUGUUCAAAACUCAGAAGUAAAAACAAACACUGAUAUUAAUGAGGUUUUGAAUGGCAUUAAAGUGGAGACGAAUCUGAGAAAAAUAUAUGCCCCAAUAUUUGAAGUAAAUCUACACUUGAGAACUCCUUCUGAGAGUUAUUCUCCAGAAAAUUCUCAAGAGAACUUUCCUGAGACUGACCAGGGCCCUGAAAAAUGUAUGACAUGUGAAGAAGAUGAAAUGUCAGAAAAUGAAUAUAAUGUCAAAAAUGACUUAAGUGAAGAACUGCUCCCAAAAGCCAAGGAACCACAAAUGUUUUCUUAUAACUUUGAAGACAUUUCAG